AUGCAGGGCCUGUCUCUUGAGGCUAAACAUCUGAGGGAUUUCAGGAAGUAUUACCCUCUCUCCUUUGAUGGAGCGUUAGGGAACCCCACCAAAGCAGAGAUGUGGUUGUCAUCUAUUGAGAUGAUAUUCCAUUUUAUGAGGUGUCUGGAAGAGCAUAAGCUUCAAUGCGCAGUUUUCAUGUUGACUGGUAACGCGAAAAUCUGGUGGCGUUCAGUAGAGAAGAUGAUUGAUACCGGUGGGAAGCUUGCAACCUGGGAGCAAUUCAAAGAGUGCUUUUAUGAGAAGUAUUUUUCGGCUAACACCUGGUACAACAAGCAGGCAGAAUUCUUGAAUUUUAAACAAGGAGUUAUGUCAGUGGAGGAGUAUGAACAAGACUUUGAUAAGCUGUCCCACUUCGCUCCGAAACUAGUAGCCACCGAGACAAUAAGGACUAAUAGUUUCAUCCAGGGUCUGAAGAGCAGACUGCGAGGCAUGGUACAUGCCUUGGAACUCAAGACGUAUGCUGCGGCACUGUGGGCAGCCGUGAGAAUUGAUGCUGACUCUCAGUUGGGAGAAGAUUACAGAAGGUCACUCAGGAUUGGGACCUCCGCAGGUCAGAAAAGGAAAGCAUACCAGAAGACUUCUGAAUCUCAGCAAAAGAAACCUGUAACUAUUAAAGAGGAAAAGCCGAUCUGUAACUCAUGCAGAAAGCAUCACUGGGGUCGUUGCUUGGCUAGAGUAGGGGUAUGUUAUCGUUAUGGACAGAAAGGGCAUAUGGCAUAUGAGUGCCCUAAUAGGAGCACUACAAAUGAUAGGAACCAGCCUUCAGGUCAAGAUCAGGUGGGUUCAAGUGGACUGCAGCAAUGGAACAAGAACAGUGCCACAACCUAA